AUGAGGUCACUCCCUCUCGACCUCCUCCGCAACGUUCUCUCUCGCCUGCCCACUAAAUCCCUCCUCAAGUUCAGGUCCGUCUGCAGAGAAUGGCGGGACAUCAUCGACGAUCCGCAGUUCGCUGCCAUGCAGGCCACCAGCGGCACCGAAAGUCUCCGGAUUCUGCUGCUGUCAGAGCCGUGCCACGGCGGGGAGCCCCGAUUCGUGGUGGACGAAGAGUUCCUGGAGACUUCGCUCCCCAAAUCGACCGUGAGGUACUGGCCCUACGUAACUAGAGCUUUUUAUCACGGGCUGCUCUACUUUGAAGAAAAGUGUGGGGCGACCUAUCUCCUCAACCCUCUGACCCGAGAAACCCUCUCGCUGCCGAGCGUCGACGCGGUGCUCAAAGGGUGGCGCGUGCACAGUGUCGGAUUUGGGGUGGACCGCCUGACCAGCCGGUACAAGAUCCUGCGCCGAGCGCCCCUUCCCACCAACUCCUCAGACAACCCGUGUUCGCCACCGGAUGAUCCACUGGAAAGCCAGCGGCGUAGGGGCACCUUCAGGAUUUCAUCCUUCGUCAUCGCCAAGGAGGAGUUCGCGUGGACUCCGUGCCCGAAGCUUCAAGACGCCCACCUGGUGGACCUCCACGGAGUUCUGGGGCUCGUUGACUGCACGCCCCGGGAUAGUAUGGACGUGUGGGUGAUGGAGGAGAGUGGACGGUGGAUGAAGGAGCGCAGCGUCCGGCUGAUCCCGCCGUUGCCAGUGAGGAAUCACCGCUGCCUUAAUGUUCUGGGCUGUGGUGGCCGGAAGAUCGUGGUCAACUACCAGCAUAGGUUCUGGUUCUAUGAUCCUGUGACUGACGAGCUGAAGUGUGUCACAAGAGGCGGCGCGUGGCGGGCCACAGAAGUAGGCAGCACCACCGUGAGUUUGCUUUCACCGGCGAAGCUGUGGAAUAGUGGAGUUGCGGAAACAAGCCCCGAUUGA